AUGUCUACAGACCCUGUUUCAUUUUUUCCAUUGGACUCUAAUGAAACUCAUUCUUUUGAUGACGCAUAUGAACUUAGUAGACGUCAAAGAAAUCUUAGCCAAAUAGAUAAUGCUGAUUUUGGAUGGUUUCACAUUCGGACAUGUAUAGUAGCUAGCAUUGGUUUCUUUACAGAUGCUUAUGAUCUAUUUGUUAUAAAUUUUGUCGCUAAUAUGCUAAGCUAUACCGAUCCGGAUUAUAUGAGUCAGAAUGCCUUUAUUCAAGCAAGCAUUGAUAUGGGUCUAAAAAUGUCGGCUGCUUGUGGGACUUUAAUAGGUCAAUUGGCAUUUGGCUGGUCUGCUGAUCGCUAUGGACGUAAAAAAGUCUAUGGUUGGGAACUUGCAAUUAUGAUCAUGGCAACUUUCGGUUCUGCAAUGUCCUCAAAUUCGUUUGCGAUCACGACUUGGGCCUCACUUAUAUUUUGGCGAUUCAUAUUAGGCGUUGGAAUUGGUGGUGAUUAUCCUGUAUCUGCCGUGAAUUUGCAACAGUUAGCAAAAGAGGCAAUGAUAUCUGCCGUAUUUGCCAUGCAAGGUUUCGGAAUUUUAACUGCGGGUAUAGUUUCUGUGGCAACUUUGGGUGCAUACAGAGAUUUUAUCAUAAAUAGAGAUAAAAUGUAUAUUGAUACUGUAUGGCGAAUAGUAUUAAUAUUUGGUGUAAUCCCUGCGAUUGUUGGAUUUUACUUCCGGGUUACUAUUCCAGAAACGCCGCGCUUUACAAUGGAUGUAUUGGGUGAUGUCGAAAAAGCAGAACGUGAUAUCAAUGACGUAUUAAAACUUGAUCCUUUGAGCAAAAAAGAUAGACCGAUUUGUGUCAUAGAUGGACCUACUGCUACAUGGAAGGAUUUUAAAGAAUAUUUUAGUGUAUGGGAAAAUGGUAAAAUUCUAUUAGGAACUUCAAUCUCAUGGUUCUUAACAUGUAUGGAAUGGUGUCCAAUUAAAGGCAUAGGAUUGAAUAACGGGAUCAUAUUACAAGCCAUUGGAUUUGCUGGUAGUAUAGAUGCCUUCUCAAAUCUUUGGAAUUUAUCUGUUGGCAACAUCAUCAUCACCAUGUUGGGUACGAUUCCAGGAUAUUGGUGUACUGUUUUUUUAGUUGAUAAAUGGGGUCGUAAAAAAAUCCAACUAAUGGGAUUUAUAGUUCUUACUGUGUUAUUUCUGAUUUGGGGAUUUUGUUAUAAUUAUAUAAAACAAUACACAGCAGUAUUCAUUAUAAUAUUCUCAUUAUGUCAGCUAUUUCAAAAUUUUGGACCUAAUGCAACGACAUUUAUCGUGCCAAGUGAAGUUUUUCCUACAAGAUAUCGGUCCACAGGACAUGGUAUAUCAGCUGCAUCCGGGAAAUUAGGCGCAAUUAUAGCACAAGUAGGAUUCCUUCAACUCAAAGAUAUCGGUGGUACGAACAACUUUAUGGAUCGUUAA